AUGGCCCAGGAAAUCGAAAUACCAGAGGCCCCGGCCAAGCUGACAGUCAAGCUCAAGCUUAAGGGUCCUGUCAAUCUCGAGGCCGAGACCCUCCAGGGAAUUGAGUCACUUCCCAAGGCCAGUAAUGAGAAGUUCUUGCUUACUAUUCUCGAAGACACCAAGGUAGGCCAUCUCUCACUUGGUACUGAACAAUGGAUUGUAGGUUAUACUAGCAAAAGUUCACUACAGAUUGACUAUGAGGCCGCGGCACAAAGACUCGGAAUCAAUAAAGCCACUUGCCGGAUGCGGUUGAUCCGCCUGCAGCAACAGCACGGAUUCAAGAAAGUGGGGGCUAAGCGCACCUUACGGGACAAGAAGGGAGCCGCCGAUACCAACAAGAAGGUUCGACCUACCAUCCAAUUGCCUGCCACCAUCGACGAGGUAGAUGCUGUGGAGGAUGGGAAGAAGGACACCGACAUGAAGGAGGCCACCGAGAACUAA